GCGUCCAAGGGCCCCGCUCCCAGCGGGAAGAUCACCGAUGAGUUCACCGGAGCUGGAUCGAUCGGAAAGAUCUGCCAGGUCAUCGGUGCCGUCGUCGACGUGAGGUUCGAUGAGGGGCUGCCUCCGAUCUACACGGCGCUCGAGGUUCUGGAUCGGGAGGAGAGGUUGGUUCUCGAGGUCGCACAUCAUUUGGAGGAGAAUGUUGUGAGGACGAUCGCUAUGGAUCUCACUGAUGGGCUCGUUCGAGGAGGGAAGGUCUUGAACACUGGAUCUCCGAUCACUGUGCCUGUUGGUCGCGCAACUCUUGGACGCAUCAUGAAUGUUAUUGGAGAACCCAUUGAUGAGAGGGGUGAUAUCAAAACAAACCACUUCCUGCCCAUCCAUAGAGAACCCCCCUCUUUUGUUGAGCAGGCUACUGAGCAGGAGAUCCUUGUUACUGGAAUUAAGGUUGUUGAUCUUCUUGCACCUUACCAGAGAGGAGGAAAAAUUGGGUUGUUCGGUGGUGCUGGUGUAGGAAAGACGGUGCUUAUUAUGGAACUGAUCAACAAUGUUGCUAAAGCUCAUGGUGGUUUCUCUGUCUUUGCUGGUGUUGGAGAACGUACCCGUGAAGGGAAUGACUUAUACAGGGAAAUGAUGGAGAGUGGGGUCAUUAAGCUAGGAGAGAAGCAGAGUGAGAGCAAAUGUGCUCUUGUUUAUGGGCAAAUGAACGAGCCCCCUGGUGCCCGUGCUCGUGUUGGACUGACUGGACUGACAGUCGCUGAGCACUUCCGUGAUGCUGAAGGGCAAGAUGUGCUUCUGUUCAUUGAUAACAUCUUCCGUUUCACCCAAGCAAACUCUGAAGUGUCUUCUCUUCUUGGGCGUAUUCCAUCUGCUGUCGGUUACCAACCAACACUAAGUACCGAUAUCGGAGGGCUCCAAGAAAGGAUUACGACGACAAAGAAGGGUUCCAUCACCUCUGUACAAGCUAUUUAUGUGCCUGCUGAUGACUUGACAGAUCCUGCUCCAGCUACUACCUUUGCCCAUCUUGAUGCAACAACUGUGUUGUCUAGACAGAUCUCGGAGCUGGGCAUUUAUCCUGCUGUGGAUCCCCUUGAUUCUACAUCUAGAAUGCUUUCUCCCAAUGUUUUGGGAGAAGAGCACUACAAUACUGCUCGUGGCAUUCAGAAGGUUCUCCAGAACUACAAGAAUCUUCAAGAUAUCAUCGCAAUUUUGGGAAUGGAUGAGCUUAGUGAAGAAGAUAAAUUGACUGUUGCUCGUGCUCGAAAGAUCCAGCGAUUUUUGAGCCAGCCUUUCCAUGUUGCCGAAGUUUUUACAGGUGCACCUGGAAAGUAUGUGGAUAUUAAAGAAAGUGUCAAAAGCUUCCAGGGUGUUCUUGAUGGAAAAUACGAUGACCUACCAGAGCAGUCCUUUUACAUGGUUGGAGGAAUUGAGGAGGUUGUUGCCAAGGCUGAGAGGCUUGCAAAAGAGAACGCCUAAAGGGGAUGUCAAGUUCCAGCUGAUGUAAUAAUAUUAAAAUUGAUGAAUUUGGAUGUUUCCUACAUCCAAAAGGAGAUUUUUAUUUUUGAGGUCACGAAACAUUGAUCUUUUUUUGCUUUACUGUUCGUGUUGGUUGUAGGUUUUCAUUUUGAGGGAAACUGUGCCUGAGCUUUUUUGCCCGGCUUUUUUGCCCAAUAAGAAUGCGGACAUUGUGUUUAUUUUAAGGCAUGUGUAUCAAGGACGUGUCUUUCAAUUAUAAAUAUAUGCACUCAAUGAUGCUUUUGUGGUCCA